AUGCCUUCUGAGGUGGUGCUGAAGCUUUUCGGGGAGUACUUCUUCAGCUUCUGUAAGAUGGCGGGGUACGACACCAUGCUACGUACGCUAGGGGGGAACCUGGUGGAAUUCAUUGAGAACCUGGAUGCUCUUCACAGCUACCUGGCUCUUUCCUACCAGGAGAUGAACGCUCCCUCGUUCCGUGUGGAGAAGAAUGAUGAUGGGAGGAUGUUGCUUCAUUACUACUCGGACAGGAAAGGCCUAUAUCACAUUGUGCCAGGCAUCAUUGAGGCGGUGGCGAAAGACUUCUUUGACAGCGAAGUGAGCAUGACCAUCCUUAACCAAUCAGAGGAAGACGAGCGCACAGGGAAGAAAGAGCAUGUGUUCUUCCGGGUCUCUCAGAGGAGCAGAGGGUCAAAUAGGGAUUUCCGGCCCCAAAGAGAGAACAAGGAGGUAACCAAGGAGGAUGAGGAGAUUGAUAGGAGGCCAGGUGUGCCAGUCUGCCCCACUGCCCUGCUGGGAAAAGAUCACACUGGGACAUGGUUAGGAGCGUUGUCAUGUUUGGAAAAGGAGGAGCUGAGGAUCCUCUCACGCCACCUCGAGAUGGAGAAGAAGAAGACGGAGACUCUGCUCUACGCCAUGUUGCCUCGCCACGUAGCCAAGCAGCUGAAGGAGGGCAAGAGGGUGGAAGCAGGUGAGUUCCAGGUGUGCACCAUCCUGUUCAGUGAUGUGGUCACCUUCACCAAUAUCUGUGCUGCCUGCGAGCCCAUCCAGAUCGUCAACAUGCUCAACUCCAUGUACUCCAAGUUCGACCGCCUUACCAGCGUCCAUGACGUGUACAAGGUGGAGACUAUUGGAGACGCCUACAUGGUGGUGGGUGGGGUUCCCAUUCCAGCUGACAGCCAUGCAGAGCGGGUGGCUAACUUUGCCCUGGCUAUGCGUAUCGCUGCCCGGGAGGUGACCAACCCUAUCACUGGGCAACCCAUCCAGAUUCGGGUGGGUCUGCACACAGGUCCAGUGCUGGCUGGUAUGGAGAGUCACGGAGUGCCUGACCACAUACACCUCAGCCCUUUCACAUACAGUGCGCUGGAAGUUAAGGGCUUUGACAUCCUGGAAAGAGGAGAGAUCCAGGUGAAGGGGAAAGGCCUGAUGACCACCUACUUCCUGCUGCAGAACCUGUGUGUGUCUGAGGACACCAUCAUGGCCAGAGGGACAGGAGAGCCCUGCGUGUACAGAGACAACAAGCAGGGGGCGGGAGAGAGCGAGAGAGAAGAACCAGACAGUGUGAGAAAGGAGGAAACGAAUGGCCAAACCACGGCAUCUGCUUCUUCUUUAAGUGACCUCACCAACGAAGACACACCUUUUCUGGGAGACACUACACCUUUUAAAAUGGACCACCUCAACGACGUGAACUCACAAUUCUGCCGACUGCUCUAAGUAUGUGGAGUUGGACUCCAUUUGGAAGCACAUCGUUUGAAAAUCUGAGACCAUUUAGGAAAUGAAAUGUUGAACUCCACAAAGGCAUGCUAGUUCUGACAGUUUUCAAAGAAUCAACAAUGUUUCUACACAUGCUUGCUAACCCACUGGGCACAGAUGUCAAUUCAAUGUCUAUUCAAUGCUGCUAUUUCAAUAAUUUCAUUGAAAUGACGUGGAAACAAUGUUGAUUAAACCACUGUGUGCCCACUGGGAAGUUUUAUAAAUACUGUAGACAAAAAGUGAUAAAUCGGUAUCUCAAAUGUUUGUUGAUGAUCCAAUGACCUCCACGUUGAUUCAACAUUGUAACCACAUUGACAAAAUGAUGUUUAGAUAUUAUAAACAGAUUGAUUCAAUCUGUGGGAGACUCCUGGGGGACUGCUGGGGGACACCUGGGGGUUUCUAUGGGGUGGGGACACCCUCUCUGUCACCACUGGUCAUCAGCUGGUGAAUAUUACUCACACACUGGCCACCAGCAUGCACCUCGGUGCAUCAUUGCCUUUCCCUCAUUAGCACUUUCCUGGGCCUUCAAAUGAGUGUAAAUUAAAUAAGAGAUGAGGA